AUGGCCAGUACCAAGAAUUCCAAGAAGAACGUCCUUCCAACGGACCAAGUUCAACGUUUACAACGAGAACUGGCUGAAAAGAAUGAGGAAAUCAAGGAAAUGAAACAAAAAAUGACGGAGCUUGAAGGUCAAGUAGAAUAUUUGGCGGAGGAAAAAUUCCGGCUCAGGCUACAACUUACGAAAGUAAGACUAGUGGCGGUAAGUUUGAGUUUUUUAGCAUAUUGUUGUUUUUAGAAAUGGGUUUUAUGCUUUUUAAAAGUUUAUUUUUGAGCUUUGAUUACGUAAAAAUUGCAGCGGCAUACAAUCGACUCACCUGAUGAGAAGGUUCCAAUUGCCCGUUCAGCGGUCCGGCCGCCAGCUCAAUCUUCAACCGCUGUAAUGGAUAAUACGGGUAUCAAUAAUGGAAUUAUACAUAUUGAACAGGGCCGGCACAUUAAGGUAAGAAGGAAUUUAGGAUCUUGGUGUUAAUUAUAUUGUUUUUGUUAUGCUAAAAAUUAAAAUUAUUUUUUCUGCUAUUGAUUUGAAUAAUAAAAAUUACAGAAGACGAAGAACUACUAUAAUAAUAAUAUAAUUCUGACGCAACCCAUGAUAGUCAUGCCCUUGGACGUGGCGUUAAUUAGAUUGGACACGACACUGGAAAAAGGUGUAUGGUAUCAAAAAAGAGAAAAGAACAAGUAAGUUUGAGUAUUAUUUAUAUCUUUUGUUAAAAACAAAAAUAAAAUUUUGAAUUUAUGAUCAACAUAUUAUCUUUCACACCAAAAUUAUAUUCCUAAUAUAGCGCCUUUUUUGCUAGGAUUCACCUGUUUAUAAUACUCCAUUUUUAGGUACCUGUAUCAAAAAGAUUCCCACGGAAUGCGGGCUACAUUAUCGAGUACGACCUUGAAGAAGUGAAGCAACGGAUGCCUCCAAGAAAAUUUCAAUCAAAAUCAGACAGAAAGAAGGCACGGCAAAUAUGGUACCUGAUCAAGAAGAACAAAGAGCGAAAGCCGCUGACCGCAUACGAUGUGUACUUGGUGGAAGGGUACAGCCAACUGUCUACCUGGUUCCAGCCGGUCGAUGGGCCUACUUUCUACAGUCUAUAUGACAUUAGCAGGUCACCCACGACUCAGUGA